CUAAUAAAUACAUUUCCUCCCCAAUCUUGAAGCUGUUGGGUGUUCCUUGCUUUUGGGAGGUGCUUUAAAUGUGACUGCCAGAGCCGUGGGCUGCUAAGAGCAGAAGCCGACGCUGCACGAUGCUGAGCUCGGGUCUUCCUCCCCUUUUCCUGGUGCUCACAGUGCUGGAGCUCAGCUGGUCCCUGAGUGAUGAGGAAAAGAAGAUAAUCCUGGAUGAGCACAACAGGUACCGCUCCCAGGUGUCUCCUCCUGCCAGGGCUAUGAUGAAGAUGACCUGGGACAAGGAGCUGGAGAGCCUUGCUCAAUCCUAUGCAGAGAAGUGCAUCUGGGACCACAACAAGGAGAGGGGCCGACGGGGGGAGAACCUCUUUGCUAUGGCCCCAAUGCUGGAACUGGAAUUUGCCGUGGAAGACUGGAAUGGGGAGGAGAAAUUCUACAACUUGACAACAUCCACGUGUGUCCCUGGGCAGAUGUGUGGCCACUACACCCAGGUGGUCUGGGCAGACACGAAACAGAUCGGCUGCGGGGCAAAGUUUUGUGAGAAGAUCGAAGGGAUCGAAACAGAGAACAUGCACCUGCUCGUUUGCAACUAUUAUCCCCCGGGUAAUGUGAAAGGGAAAAAGCCCUACUGGGAAGGACCCCCAUGUUCACAGUGUCCCGAGGGCACAGUCUGUGUGGACAACCUGUGUGCAGGUGCCCUGGACACUGAAGAAACGGAGACAAACUCGGAACAGACCAAUGUGGAUCAGCCCAUGUCUGGGACCCCCAGUACCUGCUCGGGGCUUUCUCUCUUCCUCCUCCCCAGUGCCAUCCUGGUGGGCCUCCUGCUUUGAAUGGGCUUUCUCAGCUCUCCCUGCUCCAGUCACCAAGGCUUUCUUCAGCACUGGUUGUUCCACGAGCCUGGUGAGCUCAGGAGACCCCUCAGACACUUCAGGCUGACACCUCCUCCCUUCUUACGCUGCCUUAUCCGCUCCAGCCCCAGUGAGCCACGGGCAGUGGCAGCACCGAGGGAACUUGGUCCCCUUCAUGAGGAGACCCAAGGGCAGCAGGGUGUCUGCCACAACACUGGUGACCUUGGACACUUCUCCUUUCUUGCUGGCCAGCCUGGGCUUGUGUUCCAUUUCCAAGGAGGGGGUGAUGAGCUGUCCCCCCACCCGUGUGGCCGGCAGGCCCCGCCGCACCGUGUCCCCAGGGACAGCCGGACCCAAGCGGCAAAGAGACACGGGGGUUGGCUUUGGUCUUUGUGGAUGAAACGUGGUGGUUGGGUUUGGUGUUUUCUGCUGUUUGUCGGGAUGAACCUCCAGCAAAAAUGCUCUUUUCCCUUCCCCGUGUGUCUGUCUGUCUCAAAUUUGGACAAGUUUCAUCUCUUUCCCCUCUUGUCCAAAGAGAGGAUGUUUUAUUUUCCCCUGUUUCCCUCCUGGUUCUGGUGUAGCUUUGGCCAGUACUACCCAGAUGUUCUCCCUGCUCCUCCUCACCCCUCUGCAGCCCUUGCCUCCUCCCUCUUUCCUGUCUCUGCCCCACGUCCCAUUCCUCAAUUAUUGCCAUUAUCCAUUGCCAUGGCUUUAUUUUACGCCUGUGCCUUCGCCUUUGUGCACGCACAGAAGAGAAACCUUCAGCCCUAAGAGGAGCCACCAGCUCCUUCACACAGCUUUCCCUUGCCUGGCUUCUUUCUUUGCGUAAUUUCCGUGUAUUUGAAUUUAGGUACAGAUUCCUCUUGACAUGUAAUCUGUGUGUGGUGGAACCUGGUCCAGGAGAAAAAAAGUCACCACGUGAAUCGGUACAAUCUGAGCUCAAGAGAGCCAAGUGAUGAUGUUCCAGGUCAUUGGCGGCUCCAGGACUUGUUGCAGAACCACUGUCAUUAGCUAAGACAUUGUGUUUUGUUACCUUCACCUGAGCAUUCCCAGUCAGGUGUGUUAUAAAUAUGUGACAAGCUUUCCAGACUGGUGGCAGGAAGAUAACUGGAAGAUACAGUCCCUUCUCUGGUGAUUGCAUCCUUUGAUUUCUUACACAGGUGAGGUGGAGGAUGACCUGAAGGCUGUU